UGUAAAAGACGCUGAGUUAUUGCUUCUCAUCUAGGAGAUCGAUUACUUACACUUCCUUGAGUUGAAAACGAUGAAAUUUCUGUCGUCUUUGAAUCAAUCACGGCAGAUGAAUUUGUGCCAGUUUUGAAAUUUCUUCCUGAAGGAAGUAUUACGUUCCUACUUACAAAAGUAGUAACCAUGAGCAGUAGUUCCUCCUCUUCGUCCUCUCGUGCUAUCGGCGCCCACGACCCUGAAGAAUACGAUCGCCGUCAUGGGUAUGGGAGCGCCAGGUGCUGGGGAAAAAUCGACAAUGUGGGAGGAUGAUUUUUCAACUCGUGAUGCAUAUUAAAAGGGACGACAGCGGUGCUGUAGUUGCCUAUUUUUCCAGGCGGUGCAUGACAAAUUUUAGGAUCAAGCGAUGCAUGAAAUCCAAUCGUGGUACAGCAUGCUGUCUGGAAGAAAGACGAGGACGACUGCUGGUUUCCUCGUCCUCUAUAUGAUGUACAGCUCCAUUCAACAUCAGCCCGAGGGGGCUUUUUGCGAUCGGCUUCGCUGGCCUCUCAUUUGAUGCCAGGCUGCUUGCGACUAGCAUUUCUUGCAGCACAAAUUGUUUCAUUUCCAUUUCACGUUCUGUAGAUUCCCCACCUCCUGGCGCUUCCAUACCGGUCGGUGGUGGAAGGACUACCGCGACAAGCGUCGGCCUAUCCCCCAGAAAAAAGCAGGCAGGGCAUAUUUGUAAUGCGAGAAUACAUUAUGUAUUGCGACGUAUCGGGGGAAAGAACAGCAUGCUAGGGGCGAGCCCCUUGAGAGAUCAUCUUCCUGCGAAUUCGUUCUAUCGAUAUACAAAUACGCCCUGUCUGCUUUUUUCUGUGGGACACCACCGAUUUUCUACUCGGAGAUCGGCAAACCGUGCCGCAAGCCCGGCGUACACAAGUCCCUGCUCUACGUGUGGCAGAAGCACACGCGCAACUGGGUGAACCUGAUCAAGUCCGACCACCGCAAGCGCUGGCCCAAGCACUUCGGGCUGACGAUUGCUUUUUUCGCGGAAUUUUGCUUCUCCCGGGCCUGGAGCCGGAAAAACUUGUUCGAAGUAUGCAGCCUGCUGUAUCGAAAAGAAAAAUCCCCCCUCCCCAUAUCGAAACGAAAUUUCUGAUGCUGGAUUUGUGUACACAAAUCCGAGCUGUCUUGCUGGAGAGCACUGCAGGCCCAUAGCAAGCCCGAGUAGAAGGGUCUUGGCUUAAGCACUUAGCAUGAAAAACGUCCGCGCUGUAGGCCCAACAGCAUGACAAACCGUCUGCACAAUGCGGCAGAGCUUCCGCAGUUGCCUUCUUGCAAGACAGACACGAUUUGUGACCACAAAUCAGCAUCACAAAUUUCCAAAAAUGUACUUUUUCAGUAUGGGGAGGGGGGAUUUUCCCUUUCAAUAUGCUGCCCGGAUUCGGCGUUGGGUGUUGGUUGUGGAAGACGAGUUAUAUCAAAUGCAAAAAUGUCUGGGUCUGGAAGAUUGCGACUUGUCAUGGUAAAUCUGAAGUAUGCAAAAAUCUGUGUUGCAUGAGUGCCAAAAGCUUUCCACUUUUGACCAAGUUGGAGCGGAGUUUCUCAUGCAGAAUAGGCAUGGCAGAGACCUCGCAGAGUCUGUCAUGCUAAGUCCCGCAUUCCAGACCUCAUGGGUCAUGGAAAAUCUGCGCGACAAGUCUACACUCUUCCAGACCCAAACAUUUUUGUACUUGAUAAGUUACGGGAAAAAUCAAAUCUUCCGCUGUGAGCAUUUGCAGUACCGGAUCCAAUAUCCUGUGCACAAGUAUCGUACUCGUAGUAAUUGCAGCCACGCAUUGCAAAUCGCGUUCCUAAGGUACAUCAGCAUGACAAAUUCCACUUUUCAGCUGCUGAGCGAAUUUGCGUUGCGAUUACUACGAGUGCGGUACUUUGGCAAUGCAUACCCAACCCUUUUGCGGCAAGGUGUCCGGGGUAACCUGUUUUGACAACAAUUUGCUUUCGAGGCGUCCUGUUGUAGUAGACGAGCCCGCCCGCCCAGCAGGAUCAUCACAGAACAUCAACCUGGCUUUAGUAGCGAAACUUGGUGGUGAAGUUGAAGAUGCUAGUACAACUUCAAUGGUCAGUCCAACCAUCAUACGCCGCGAGCUGCACGCUCCGUGCGGGAAAACCCUGAAGGGCUGGAACUACCGAUUUCCGGAAAAUUGGCGAAGGGACUUGUGGCUCUAUCGCCCGAGGUUUCCCCUGCCCCCGGAAGGGGGAGGAGGAGGGGGUGCGACAAGUACUUCUAGCUAGCGUCACUCUACUACGCGUAAACGUGCAACAAUGACGAAAGCGAAAGAAAUGCGAUGCGUGCCAAGGUGUUAGAGAGUUGGUUUAAGGAGCAAUAAAAGCAUGAGGGUCGACUUCCAUCUGUC